AUGGACGCGAUUUCGGUUUCAAAACGGCAGGAUGGGCCCUCCGCCGCAGGUUCUGCCUCUGGGAGAACUGGCGGUCUGAGACAGCAUGCUCCUUCGAGGCCUGCACUUUUGAGCGAAUCUGAGCAACCGGACGGCACUCAAUUCGCCGAUUCAUCCCUGACAAACGACGGAGUCUGCGGGAAUCUAGAUUAUUUCCGUGAAGCGGAGACCUUUUUCGGGGACCUCGCACGACUCACACAAGUGUCUGUCUCGUUGUGCGAAGCGGUCGAUUCUCUUCGACGUCUGGAGCCCGCUGCCAGUGAGGUGUACGUACACCCGGCAACCGUGCAUCGCGUCGAAGAGGCCGUUGAGUUGGUCGCGAGUUGUGUACGGGUUUUGGACCGCUACCAAAAUCAGCCGACCUUGCUGGAUCGUCACCUUCCACAAAUCGUCGAUCCAAUAGGCCGCGUUGUUGAGAAAUAUCUGAAUCUCAUUUCGCCUGUAUCACCAGACACGUCGGCGUCUAGCGCCCCUACAGUUCAUUCCCCCAGGGAGUCGCUUUCUCUUUCGUUUUCGUCUCCCACACGCUCGGCCCCCGCCAGUCUGGGCUGUCCUACUGCUCGGGUCGGGCACCAGGAAGCGCUUCAAAGAUCCACGAACGGCGAGCACGAAGAGGAGCAAGUGAGGCGACUGGCCGCGUCGCUGUCGCUGCGGCUUCUUCUCCAUCUCGUGUACGCCCUCUGCAAAGUCAGGGGGUACAAGUCCAUCCAACUCUUGCUUCCACAGAGAUCUGACCUUCUCGAGUCGGUAGUCGACCUUUGCGAGUUUCUCUUCGAGGCUGAGCUCUUGUCUUCUGCGUCCUCUUCAUGGUUCUCGGCGGCAGCUGAGACAGAAAACCCCGUCUCUCCACGGUGUGUCGGAAGCGGGACUCACGGGGAGCACGCGCUGCGUGCGGAGCUUUGUGACAGAGACAAGGACGAGCGAGAGAGGACCAACGCUGGCAAUUUCUCUCUCGAGACGGCACGGACAGAGAGUGAGGGAACAGGCACCAGGCGAGACCAGUGCCGCACUGCCCUACGCGAACUGGCUGCUCUGGCGAGGCAACUCCCACUAUGGAGUACACAUUACUCUCUCCUCGUGUGGCUCUCGCUCCUCGUUCUCGCGCCGUUUGGACUAGACAGUCUCGACAGCUCUCUUCAAGCAGCCAAGGAACGGAAACACGUCGCUGGCGUCGACGGAGAAGAGAAGUCUCAGCCGAAAACACUGGGCUUAAGAAUCGUCCUCCUCACAGAGGCGUAUCUUCGAACAACGAACACGAAAGCCAGCGACGCAGCUGCCUUUGCGCUCGCGCGCUUCUUUAGCCGUCCUGACGUUGCUGUCAAGGCUCCGGAACUCCUUCCGCAUUUCCUCAACUUCUGUCAGCACUCUCUCUUUUCAGAAAGACAACAGGCAACGUCUGGUGAGGCCUGUGCGUCGUCUCUUUCCGCCUCCCCGGGAGCUUGCCUCUCUUGUCCACGCAAUAGAGCCACAGAGCGAGGGGGAGAAGGAGAUUCUCAGCUGGCGCAAGUCCCCAGUUGCGUCUCUGCGGGCCCUAACAAAGAAGCUGCGCCCGUGCCUCUCUUCCAGCGAGCAAACGCGCUUCGUGCACUGAACGAGAUCCUGAAGAUCAUUGACCGGCGCGCUGUCCUCCCACAAGUCCCGCGAUUGCGUACCCUUCUCGGCCUUGCUUCCUCUGCGUCCGAAGGCCAGCUGGAGCACGGGGCGUGGAGCGAAGGAGACGCGCGACAACUCUGGAGUUCGCUGGCCUCGCUUUCUGCCCUCUUUCGAAAACUGAGAUGCAGUUGCGCUGCGCGGCUCUGCAUGCUUCUCCUCCCUCCUGUCGACACCCGGUCGCUGCUGUGGAGGUACACCCCGCACGCGCGCUGUCUCACGACGCUCCUGCAGCAGAAGCAGCCGCAGGCGAAAACCGCAGACGAGACAGAGGCCACUCGCGAGACGACGGGCGACGAGUGUGGCGAGCUCGAGAAAUGUGAAGGAUCCGCCGCUCUGGACCCGCGGCUAGACGGCGGAGACGAACAGGACGAGGACGUUCCAGAAGAAGUGGAAGAAGUCAUUGAUCUCCUCCUCGAGAGACUCUCCGAUCGAGACAGCGCUGUCAGGUGGACUGCCUCAAAGUCCAUCGCCAGAGUCGUCAUGCAACUCCCAAAGGAAUUCGCGGACCAGGUGGUUGUGACCGUCCUCGACUCACUCACAUCCGUCCCGCUCUCUGCGUCUCUUGCCUCCAAGCGUCUGUGGCACGGGAGUUGCCUGGCUCUGGCUGAGCUUCUCCGAAGAGGUCUCGUUUUCCUUUCGCGGCUGGCUGCCUGCUGUUCGUGUCUGCGACUAGCGCUAGCCGUGGAAGCCUCCGCCAGCUGUGGCACAGGAGACACCACUGGGGCGGCUGCUGGGACAGCGCUCCGAGACGCAGCUUGCUACGCCGCCUGGAGUCUCGCGCGGUCUUAUUACCGGACGGAAGCGUUGAAAACCGAAGUCCAGUCUCUCUCUCGGUCUCUCCUCCUCGCGGCUCUCUUCGAUCGAGAGGUGAACUGCAGACGCGCAGCGGCUGCAGCGUUUCAAGAACUCGAAGGCCGCCAAGGAGGCAUUGCAUGCGGCCUCACAAUCAUCACGAUUGCCGACUUCUUUGCUCUCGCAACGCGCCGCUCCUCGUAUCUGCGUGCGGCUCCUCAAGUAGCGAGUCUCAGUCAAGAUUACGCACUGCUUCUCCUCCGAGCGCUGUCGACUCUCCUUCUCUCGCCUCACGCGGAUGAAGAACUCCGCGUUCUGGGCGCCGCCUCUUUGAAGAGAAUCGCCGUUCAGUAUCCCAAACUUGCGGCAGAGGAAGUUCUUGCCACCGUGCUGACCAAGGCUGCGGCGCCCGAUGAAGACUUCGGGACGCGUCACGGGGCCCUCCUCGGUCUGACUGCGUUGACCGAGGCGCUGUGUGGCAAAAAAAAGUGCCGAGGCGCCGAUCGCCGUCCACACGGCGGAGUGCAUGCGCCGGCUGGGGAGGAAUCUGAACAAUGGGAAGGCGUUCCGGAGAAGACGCAGACGGAAAUCCGGCAAGUCGUCCUGAAGGUGGAGAAGCAAAGACAGUACCGAGGAAAAGGAGGGGACCUCAUUCGCGUGGCCGUCUGCAAACUCAUUCACGGCCUCGCGUCUUCUCCGUCCAUCACCUUCAAACUGGCAACGGCUCGGCGGUACCUCGCCACGCUGUUGGAGGGUCUGCGUCAUUUCAGCGAGUCUGUGCAGCUGGCGGCAGCGGAAGCGCUUCGCGCGCUCCUGCUGCUUCGCAUGCCUGUGGAAGAAGUUUGCGAGUUCAUGGUUCCGACUUUGGUCGCGCAUUUGAACAAUCCGGACGAACACGUGGCGGCCCGCAGAGGCUACGUGCUCGCCUUCGCGACGCUCCCCCCUGCCGUUUACCGCAGGUGUCUCCUUGCCGGGCGAGCCGUGGCGUCGACUUCGGCAACCGCCGAGCGUGCAUCGGAGCCGGAUGAGGCCACGAGCGGCUCGGCGGGACCGGGCGGUUCCUCAGAAGGCGGGCGCGGCUCAGACGAGAACGCCCCAGAUGUCUUCGCCCUCCUCUGCAGAGAGGCGACGUCUCGGGCUCCCUGCGGCCAGGCCGCACUGGGCGAUGCACAGACGCGACGGAAUGCGCUGAUUGCGCUCGGAUCUGCGCUCGCAGUUCUCCUGCCUUCCUCGGAGACCGGCACGAGCAGCAGCGCUCAACCGGAGCCUGCGAGGGCGGAGAAAGACCCGGCGACGCGAGGACGCACCGCCGUGGUGUCUUCGAUGGAACCGGCAGGGAGUGGAGCAGAGCCAGCAAGCGACACACAGCUAGCAAGCGAGGCGGAGACUCCACGCGGUUCGCCUGGUUCCUUUUCGUGGAGGGCCGUUGUCGAGACACUUGAGGCGUGCUGCGCGGACUUCCAGGCCGACCAACGCGGCGACGUCGGGUCGUGGGUUCGCGAGGUCGCAGCCGAAAUUGCAUGCUUUCUUCUGGAAAAUGCGGGCCAAAGCGCCGGGGACCCUGAAAACGGGAUUCCGCGUUCGGAGCCGAACUCGUCAACGCCGCAUGCCGACCGAUUUGUGCCGGAUGCGGAGACUGCGGAGACGCUUGCCGGGACUGAGCAUGAGAGCAGCAGAGCGGAGAGCGGACGAAGGGAAGGAUGUCGAGCCCUGCGUAGAGAGGAGUCGCUGAGGUUGUUGACGUUGCUCACGCGAAUGGCCAUGGAGAAUCUGGACAGGACGCGGAGCAGAGCCACGUUCCUGCUCUACCACAUGACUGCGCCGCUGUUUCGCCGAACCGAAAAGCGAGCGAUGGGCCGCGCGGAGCUCGCAGUCUCUCCCUUUCGAAUUGAGUGGAUUUGGGGGCGCGUCUUCCACGACUACUCCUACGAGUUGGGUCCCGCCGACGUCUUGCCUAUUGACGUUCUCGGCAGCCCUGGAAGCUGCGACGCCGCGCCGGCGCCCUGUCUCCUCGCCCUCGCCCCCAAGCCCGCGCAGUCUCCUCCCUACGUGUCGCUCCUGCAGCAGUGUCUGCUGCCUGUCGCGCUGCGCCAGAAACGUGAGUUCGAAGAAACGAGGCCGGAGCUUCCUUUUCAGCGUUUGAAUCUGUCGGAUCUCGCCACGCUCGGAACCGCGCCCACAGAGCGCCCUGCUUCCGGGAUCGACGCUUCGUUUCACGGCGCGGGCUCUCCUCCAGGGACGGGUGAGGAAACGGGGCAAGCCGAUGAGGCGUUUCCGACCACCAGCGAAAGCUUCGACUUCCUCUUGGAGCUUUCCGUGAUGGACGGCGGCUGCGCGACUCUGCACAAGACGCGAAAAGCCGGGGUUCUACUGCGUUUGCCUCUCUUCACGAAGCCUGAGGUCACCUUUCCCCGGCUUCUUCCUCUUCUUCUGCUCCCGCCCUACCGACGGCGAACAGCCGAGGGCGUGUGUCUGGGCCUCGGCGCUGCCAUGGGCAGCACGGCGGAUAAGACGGCUGAGGCCUUCCUCUCUUUCCUCGUCGAGCUAAGGCGGCUCGGUGCCUCCUCCAAACAGCACGUGACCGCAAGUCCAGAGAAGGCGCCUGCGACGGGACAGAUCGAGGCGACUUCCGACCGAUCCAGGCUAUACCAGCAGUUCGUGACGCAGACCCAGGAGGCCGGAAAGGACGCACAACACGCAAGGACCGCUCCGAAUGCCACGGUAACCCGCGCCCUUGUCGACGUUCUGGCCCAGUGCGCCGCGGAACUGAAAACGGGAGGCAGCGAAUAUCUCGACAAACUCACCCUCGCGGCGCUCCGCACCAUUUCUACCGUUCUCAGCAAUGAGACUGUCACGCCAGAUGACGUAUCGAGAGUUUUAAAGAUCUUGACGAAAGGGCCGCUCGCGAAAGGCGCCUGGCUGCGGUCUUUUCAACUCGUAAAGAGUCGCUGCGAGGCUUUCGUCGCUCUCGCUGGGGCGACGACGACUCAGAACACGAGCGCCGCCGAAGGGGAAGAAGCGCCGAACGUUCUCAAAGAGAAAAGGGACGCGUUGUGCCAUGCCCUGACAUUUCUGCUCCACCGGUUUCCGAAGAUUCGGUUGCUGGCAGCUGAGUCUCUCUAUAGUUCUCUUCUUCUCUCUCUGUCCCCAGAACCGGACUGUCCCGGCGGAGUUGAGGCUUCUACCUUUGUGCGCGAAUCGUCUUCAUCCUCAGGCUCCGAGUCUCAAGACACUGCGAGGCCCAGUUCGGAGCAGUUACUCGUUCUCUCAGAGACACAACUCGACGAGGCGACAGAGCUCCUCACUGUCACACCAUGGCUGGAGGUGAAUGUGACCGAAGUAGACACUCGUGCAUGCAGUCCGAGCAAUCUCAGUUCUGGACAGGCCGAAAGCAGCAGCGUCGAAGAGAAAGGAACGGAUACAGGAACUUCUGACCCCACCCCGACGGGAGCGGAGCGCGAAAACGACGACUGUCCCGUCGAGAGGCUAGUGGUCCUCUUUAGCGUUCAGAAGCAGUGGAAUACUCUCUUUCCAAACCGACCGAUACCCUCCAGGAAAAAACGAGAGCUCUCCCUGCUCAGGUGUGACUGA